AUGGAUGACAGUAACGCUUUUGGUUUAUGCAACACUGGAUUUCUACGUCAACCAGCCCGGCUCUUGAUUGUCGAAGCAGUGCCCCCCUGGUGGUCCGAGACUAGCGGGGUGCUAUGUGAUGCACUUGAUAAUUUCCUGACCCUGGUCUGCAGCCUGAAAGGACCCUGUAGACUUCCUCUUUUCAGCUUGUACUCCAUCACCAGUCGGGUGGAACGUUUGCUACCUUUUCAGAAAGUUGGCUGGGCUAACCUACCCAAUUUGCGUGCCUGCCUGGAGGAUCUGCGGUCGAUUCCUGGCCAAGGCAUUACCCCAGAUCUGACCAGUGUAGGCGACUUUUUGCGAAAUGCCGUGCUGACCAGCCUGCGGUGCCUUAACGACGACGUGAGAUUCGGUCGGACCUCCGUCUCAUCUGUUCAGGUUACUGUAUUGACCAGCCGCCCAGGACGAAACAUGGUUCACCUUUUGAGAAAUGUACCGAAAGAUGAGGCCCAGAUGCUGUUCACUAGUUUCCUAGUGGUGCAGUUAUACAAUUGGGCAGAUUGGAGCGAAUAUGAACUGACACCCGAAAACCCAGAAGUGGCCAAAAGUAGUGACAGUCAUGUGCCGGUGGAAUUGAAACAGGUGGAAAACAAUGUUUUUGCCAUGGAGGCAGUAUUCAAGCAAUGGCUUCAGGAAUACGGAAGAGACAUGGAACACAUUCAGCUUCUCUUGAUGGAAACUCCGAGUCCCGUGUCCAUUAAGUGCGACAUUGAGCAGUGUGUCAUCAGUCCCAGCCAAGUCUCUUUGAAAAAUCCAGAUAUGACUGCGAGUCCGUACAACAACAGGUCUGUCUCUCAAGGACCACGGAUGUUGAAAGCGAUAAAGCUGGUACACGCUAGUGGCAUUUGUCACAUUUUGUUCCACGGCACAUCCCUGAUUGUCCGCUCAACCACCAACGGCCGACAGGACUGGGAGGAGUUUGAAACUAACGAACAAAGAUUUCAGGUGCUCAACCAAACACUGGAGAGUUGCGGACAGGUUCUGCUGCUGCAGGAAGAAUUCCCUACAGGUGAAGGUUCAUCUUUGUCUUCUUUCUAUGUCCUCAAACCGAGUUCGUCCCUCGCUAUGCUCCUGAGUCCAGUUGCCUGCAAUGAAUUGUUUCUGCCCGUCACAUUUCCUAUGCCAAUACAGGAGCCUCCAGCUGAAGUCAUGGAGUUAAUAAUUGGUUGCCUGACUGAACUUGACAAGGAAGAUGUGUUGAACCCCAGCUUUCUGAGAAGCAACCUUCACCAGUAUUUGAGGUCCUUCAUGGUCAAGCAGCCGCAAAACCCAUUAGUGUCGCGUGCUUCUGGUAUCCAGCCUUCUACAGAAAUAUACAAAAAAUCACCUCUAGAAAGAAGAAAGCUAGCUAGCAGUGAAACCAGUAAGUUGUUCAGAAAAUCCACCUCAGUGUAUAAAGCUCAGCCAGUCCCGUUGCGUCCAAUCCAGAUGGGGGAAGUCCAUCCACCACCGAAGCUAGCAUGUCUGGACAAAAGAUCAAAUGACAACCAGAGAGGAGGUGGGGUUAAGAGCUCGACUGGACAAGCGGAAGUUGCGAGCACGGUGAGGGAAAGCGACUUGCGUCAAGGUUUUGGGUCUUCAGAUACAACAUCCGGCCACCUCGGCCGAGCUUCUCAAGCCUCACCGAUGCGAGGAGGUCCGACCGGUAGAGGUUACCACGCAGGAAGGGAAUUGGGCGCCAAGUACCGUUAUAAAUGCUGGAUGGGACAAGAAGUCCUCAGGAGUGAACAGGUGCCAGGCGAAGCUGAAAUUGCGCCAAGUCCUCCUAAGAAAAGCUGGCAAAGCUAG